AUGUCAUCGUCGGUCACGACCACGACGACCGUCGAGUCCAAGACGAAGAAUGCAGAGCCCGAUUUCUUCUGGACCUACACCGAGGAGCCGCACCGGACACGGCGCAUGGCCAUUAUCAAGGCGCACCCGGAGGCAAGCACCCAACCCCACGCAGUCACGAAGCUCUGCGGGCCCGAGCCAUUGACCAAGUACAUCGUCGCCGGCGUGGUCGCGCUGCAAGUAACCUGCGCCUACCUCCUCCGCAACACGCCCAUCCUGUCCUGGCCCUUCUUCCUCACCGCCUACAUCAUCGGGGCCACGGCGAACCAGAACAUCUUCCUCGCCAUCCACGAGAUCUCGCACAAUCUGGCCUUCAAGUCGCCGCUGGCGAACCGCCUGUUUGCCUGCUUCGCAAACAUACCCAUUGGCAUUCCAUACAGUGCUUCGUUCCGGCCCUACCACCUCACGCACCACAAAUCCCUCGGCGUAGACGGCCUAGACACGGACCUCCCCACCGCCUUCGAAGCCGUCGUCCUCGACUCGGUCCUCGGCAAAGCCUUCUUCGCGACCUUCCAAAUCUUCUUCUACGCGCUGCGCCCCAUGUUCGUCUACCAGCUGCCCAUCUCGCGCAUCCACCUCUUCAACAUCGCCUUCCAACUCGCCUUCGACAUCGCCCUCGUCCGCCUCGCCUCGUGGCACUCCUUCAUCUACCUCCUCGCCUCCGCCUUCCUCGCCGGCUCCCUCCACCCCUGCGCCGGCCACUUCAUCGCCGAGCACUACGUCUUCGAGCGCGACACCACGACCAACCGCCGCGCCCCCGCGACGCCCGCCGCCCGCGCCGCCCUCGGCCUCCCCGUCGCCGCGCCCGAGACGUACUCGUACUACGGCCCCCUCAACUUCUUCACCUACAACGUCGGCCUGCACAACGAGCACCACGACUUCCCCGCCGUGCCGUGGAGCAGGCUGUGGGAGCUCAACCGCAUCGCGCGCGAGUUUUACGACCCCCUGCCCCAGCAUCGCAGCUGGGUCGGCGUCAUCUGGCAGUUUGUCUGGGACAAGGAGGUCGGCAUGUGGUGUCGGGUCAAGAGGGCGGAGGGCGGGAGGAAGGUGGGCGGCGGUGGGCAGGUGAAGAUUGAUAGUGAGGGGUGGAGGGAGGAGGAGCUGGGUGCGAAUGAGGCGGGUUCGAUUCCGGGGGUGAAAUGA